AUGGAAUGUUCAGAAGUGAUUGAGAUAUCAUCCUCACCAUGUUUAACUCCUGACAUACAAUUUAAAGAAGGUUUAAAUGAAGUUCUAAUGAGACCAGAUCCUAGUCUCACACCUAGUUCUACACUCUCAGAUGAUAGUAACUCAUCUAGGGUGGCAGAACCAAACCAGAAUAACUCAAAUGAUUCAGCAGAAUCUUCUCCUACGGGUGUUAGGAGAUCCAGUCGCAUUAAGACAAUAAGCAAUUUGAAACAGAAAACAAAAGGCUAUGGAUUAGUAAAAACACCAUUAAAGAAGGCUUUGAUAACACAGACAAAGCUGAAACUCGAAGAAAUUGGAUCUGACAGUCAGGAAAAAUCUAGUGAGUCUUUGCCAGGUACUACACCUAAUUCACCUUCAUUUCCUGUGCCUUCUGAGAUGCCUGUGAAGGUGAAGUCUCGGUGGCGUAGGUCUAGUGAGUUAGAGAUGGGUGCUGGCUCCCCUGCUAACUCACCUUUGGCAAGCCCCAGUCUGCCACAGAGGUUACCUCCAGUGGCUGAAUGUCCCAGCUUACCAGAAGAAGAACAACAUGCACCUCCUUUAACUAAAGAAGAUUAUGAUAGAAUAAUUGAAGAGCGAAUGAACCAGUAUCAACAUUUAGAUGAAAAUGAGUAUUUAUGUGAGAGAAUGAUUAGUAAGGAGACAAAGAAGAUGACUUGUGACUGUUUUAUGACCAAAGAAGAAUUGGAGAGAGGGGAACUAGCUUGUGGAGAGGACUGCCUCAAUAGACUGCUUAUGAUUGAAUGUAAUUCCCGAUGUCCAGUAGGUGAUAGAUGUACUAACAGAAGGUUCCAGUCUAAGGAAAAUGCACCUCUUAAGGUUUUCUAUGCAGACAAGAAGGGGUGUGGUGUGGAGGCUAUCGUUGAUAUCCCAGCGGGUGAAUUUCUUCUCGAAUAUGUGGGCGAAGUGCUUGAUUACGAGCAGUUCUACAAGCGGGCUCAGGCAUAUUCAGCUGACAACAACCUGCAUCACUAUUUCAUGUCGCUGAAGGGCGACACGGUCAUUGACGCGACACUCAAGGGCAACAUAUCACGUUUCAUCAACCACUCUUGUGACCCUAAUGCUGAGACACAGAAGUGGACUGUCAAUGGAGAGCUUCGGAUUGGAUUCUUCAGUAAGAGGGACAUUGUUGCUGGGGAAGAACUUACGUUUGAUUAUCAGUUCCAGAGGUUUGGAAAGGUGGCGCAGCGCUGUUACUGCGGCGCCGACAACUGCCGCGGCUGGAUCGGGGGCGAGCCUGACUCUGACGAUGAAGAUGACGAGGAGGACGAAGAUGUGUCUACCUCAAAGUCUGGUACAACGGAGUCUUCGGAGGAGUCCCACGCUACACCUACAGAGCAGCCGCGACCGAAAGUUCGACGCCCCAAGAAGGACCGCACAUACAAACCCAAAGCUCCUGACUUGGUGCAGGAUGCUGACAUUGAAGAAGAUCUGGAAGCCUUGGGCCGUACCGGCGUGAAGAACCAGAGUCAUACACUUCGGCUCUCACGUACCGUGGUCCGAGCUAAGACACGGCGAGCACAAACUGCUUUACUGCGACUACUGCGCGACGCUGACCUCCCAUGUAGAAGACUUUUCCUUGACUACAGAGGUCUUAGAUUGCUGGCGCCUUGGUGCAGUGAUGCUCCACUUGAUUUCAAGCUGGAAAUGCUGCAGACAGUGGACCGACUACCAAUCCCUAACAAGACGAUGGUUCAAGAGAGUCGUUUCUUCACCAUCGUGGAGCGAUGGCUGAGUGCGGCCGAGGCGCCGCAGCCACCGCCUGACAAUGUGUUCAUUGAUGAGGCUACUGGUUUACCUGUAGAACUACCAAACAGAAAUAGCCAAGAGAAUCUCGCAAGUCCAGAAAAGGCGAAAGACAAUGCAGCUAUACUGGAGAAGAUUAAGGAUCUGUCAAGUCAACUGUUGGAAAGAUGGUCUAGUUUAAAGGAAGUAUUCAAAAUUCCGAAAAAAGAACGAAUACAACAGAUGAAAGAGCACGAAAGACAAGCCAACGUUGAGAGGCGAGCGGCUGAUUCGAGCGGAUCGCGCGACAGAGACCGUGAUCGUAGGGAGGACCGCGACAGAGAUCGCAGGGAGGAGAGGGAGCGGGAGAGGGAAAAAGAGAGAGACAGAGAUAGAGAACGAGACAGGGACAGGGAACGAAGUGAUCGUGAACGUGGGGAGAGAGAUCGGGGCGAAAGAGACCGUGAUAGAUACAGAGAUCGCGAUAGAGACCGGGACAGAGAUAGAGAUAGAGAUGACAGAGACAGGAGGAAACGAAGGAGCAGUCCGGAGGGUAGACGGAGUAUCAGGCUAAGUGACCGUGUACUGGCCGCAGUGCCACCGAUGACGAAAGAGGAACGACGUCGUGCCUUCGCGGAGGCGGCCGCCGCCGCGGACGAGUCCAGGAGGCAACGAGAACGGAUGCAACAUACUGGAUGGCCCGCUUACUGGCCACAGGCUGAUGCUUUCCAACAGCAAAUGUUCCCUGGUGGUAUGGUUCCCGGUGGGCCCAACAUGAUGAGUAACAUGAACAACAUGAACAACAUGGGCAACAUGGGUGGCAUGGUAUGCGGAGUGCCUGGCCUAGUGCCCGACAUGCCCGCGGACUGGAUGUCUCAUGAAUUCCCUCCUGCACCCUUCUGCCCGCCUUUCUGUAUGCCACAAGCCAAUAUGAUGGGCAUGCCUGGGUUCCCGAUGGGUGGGUUUAUGUUUGGGCAACAGGUGGGCCCGGCCGGACAACCUCCCUUCCCUCAAGUACAACCACAACCUGAUCAACCACAACAACAACCUGCCGUAGCAGCUUCAGCUCAACCAGAAGACCUCAAGGACAUAGUACUUCCUUCUCUAUGGCGCAGUGCCACAGACUCCCGCGGCCGCACGUACUACUACCACGUCAAGCUGCGACAGCCGCAGUGGAUACCUCCGCCACUGCCCAAUGAACCUGAAGAGAGUUCGUCAGAGGAGGAAGAUGAGCUACCGUCUUCAGGCCUGGACAGUCCCCUCGUUCGACGACAGACCAAAGGGAAGGUCGUGGAAGGAGUCAAUGGCAUUUACGAAGUUAUUAAAGAGGAUAGUCACAACGGCCUGAUUCCUGACCACGCGCUAGUCAGCCUCAAACCAAGAAAACGAAGACCUGGACUUGUAUCCGAAAGACCUAUCAGUCCGAGGACAGAAGAAGACAAACUGGCAGGAAGGCUUGAAGUGAAGCGGUAUAAGCAGACAAAAGAAACUACGGAGGCGCCGGGAGAAAAUACUACAGAAGGUGCGAUUGCUCGCCGCUAA